GGAUCACUUGCUCUUGCCCGAGCUCGAGCUCGCUUGACUUGCUGUGCCGCGGACUUUUCCAUGCGGACGUCAUCAUCGAUCCCUCCGCCUGACAUCCAGUGUAAGGUUGUCUCAGCGCGGCCGGGUUGGCACAGCUCGAAGAUGAAAAUUGUUGGCCACAGCCCGCGGCAAUCGUCGGGGAGCCUGUUGCACAUCCAUCACGGGGAGUAGAAGGGAAAGCUUCCAGAGCAGCGCCACCGGUCCAACCCCGCCGCAUUUGCGCCCCUCGCUCGUGUGUUCCUGGGCCCCACUUCCAGAUCUUCCCACCCCGCGUGUGCAUCAUCUUCUGCGCAUUGCCGGGACUGAGGGGCAACGUAGAAAGACACAAAAUCUCCUGACUUCCUUCUGUUCCUUUUCGUACCACAAAUCCGCAGUAGAUCGAACUUUUUGAAACCUCCAGUGCGAAGAUGUCUGAAGAAAUCCCAAAGAAAGGAUGGGGCGGCGUGGUGGUUAAUGAAGCGAGCAAGGAUUUCUACAUUGAUGUCCGGAAUGAUCUGCCAGUGCCAGAGCCUGCGGAUGACGAGCUCCUCGUUCGUCUCAAUUGCACGGGACUGUGCAUGUCCGAUAUCCACAACAUGAUGAACGACUGGGUGCAACCCAAGAUGAGCGAAUUCGGUGUCCGAUGCACCGGCCACGAAGGAGCUGGAGUGGUGGUGAAAUUGGGCAAGAAAGUCAGCAGCGCGUGGAAGGUGGGGGACCGCGUGGGCAUCAAGCCUCUUCUCGACGUCUGCCACAACUGCGAGUCUUGCUGGAAUGGACGGGAGAACUACUGCUCCAAUGCCAACUACACCGGCCUCAUGAGCCCCGGGACAUAUCAGCAAUACCUUGUCUCUCCCGCCAUCUACACCACGAGGAUUCCUGAUGAAGUUCCCGACGAGGUUGCCGGCCCCAUCAUGUGUUCCGCAUCCACCAUGCAUCGCGCCCUCAUCGAAUCCGGGCUGAAGCCAGGAGCUUGGGUGGUCUUCCCCGGAGGAGGCGGCGGCGUCGGAGUCCAAGGGAUCCAGCUUGCCCGGGCCAUGGGCAUGCGGCCCAUCGCCAUUGACGGCGGCAAGAACAAGGAGAAGCUCUGCCUUUCCAUGGGAGCGGAGAAGUUUGUGGACUUCAAGGAGGUGAAGGAUGUCCCUGCGGCCGUGAUUGAGGCUGCUGAUGGCGUGGGCGCCCACGGCGUCGUAGUCACCGCGUGGCAGGCUUACAAAGACGUCAUGAAGUUCAUCGGCACCCGCAAGGGCUCGAGGAUCAUGGUCAUCGCCCUUCCCGCCGCCGGCGAAGUCCUGCUGGGCAGCGAACCCAGCACCUGGGUCUUCAACAACCUCCACGUGAUUGGCAGCCUUGUAGGAACGAUGCAAGAUGCCGCCGCGUGUCUGGACUAUGCGAAGAGAGGCUUGUUGAAACCCAUCUCUGAAGUGCGAGGAAGGGGUCAGUGGGCGGAGAGUGUGCAGCAACUGAGGCGCGGAGAGGUCGCUGGCCGUAUCGUGAUUGACUUCAAUCGGGAGUAGAGUGGUAGACCCUAGAUCGUGGCUAGAAGUAGAAGACACGAUAAAAUCUGCGCCCACGCGUGAUUUGAAGUCCAG